AUGGAGGCCGCCUGGCACUACCAGUUCCGCAUCAUCAUGCUGGGGGACUCCACGGUGGGCAAGUCCUCGCUGCUGCGGCGCUACACGCAGGGYGCCUUCCUGGAGGCCCCCGACCAGACGGUGGGGGUGGAUUUCUACGUGCGGCACGUGGAGCUGCGGCCGGGGCUCCGCGUCAAGCUGCAGUUCUGGGACACGGCCGGGCAGGAGCGGUUCAGGUCGGUGACUCGCUCCUACUACCGCAACGCGGCCGGCGCGAUGCUGCUCUUCGACAUCACCAACCGCGCGUCCUUCGAGAGCGUGCGGGGCUGGCACCGCGACGUGACGGACGCCGUGCGGCCGGCCCGCCUCGUCUUCCUCCUGGUGGGCCACAAGAGCGACCUGGCGGGCGAGCGGCGCGUGGGCCGCACCGAGGCCGAGCGGCUGGCGGCCRCGCUGGGCGCGCCCUACGUGGAGACGUCGGCCAAGGACGCGAGCAACGUGGCGCCGGCCUUCCGCACGCUGGCGCUCGCCAUCUACGAGGCGCUGCGCACGGGGCGGCCGGGCGCCGCCGCCGCCUGGGCCGGCAUCAAGAGCAGCCUCCCGCUCCCGCCGCCCGACGAGCGGGAGCAGCCCAAGCGCUGCGCGUGCUAG